AUGCACCACAUUUGCAAUUCCAGCUGGCACGCACGCGCAGCGAAUAUCCCCAAAGAAACCAUGGACCCGUCACCACCCCCCUAUACUGAAUAUGUUCAAAACGACCAGAGCCGCGAAGAGCAAGUCCCCCAAUACGAAGCGCCUACGUACAACCCAUCCUCCCAGGAUUCCAAGACUCUCCAAAAUGCAAUGGCCAAGUUUCCACCCACAAUGAACGGCUAUUUUCAAUGGAAAAUGACGUCCACUUUCCAUCUGGGCCCGACCGCCGAACAGAAACUGUUCGCAGUGACUAUCCACAGUUCCGUGUUUGGGAACAAGCCAUCACUGAUCUUGUAUGACGGCCCGACCAAGGAGGAUCCCGUUAUGGCAACGCUCAAGUCCGAUAAAUGGGGUCGGGCUAGACCCGUUGACAUCGCGCUUCCUCCCCGCCCAGGCGGCCAUCACACGGACGCGAUCGAUGUGCAGUUAGUACCCGUAUCCACGAAACACGUUUCUCCGACGUACACCUUCGAGAUCCAAGGGACGGGGAAGGGAACUGGGCGAGACCGAUUCGAAUGGCGGAAAACCCAAGGAAAUGAGAUCAAAGAGCUUGCUACGGGUCAUUCUUACGGUUGGAAGCUGGUGUGGCUAUCCGGGCCCGUCAACAGUGCCGGAGGCAGCAGGAAGGAGCGAGAAAUGGGCGUUGCCAGCGAUGGAACGGAAAUCGUCGCACUUCUCGCUCACAAUGCAUCAUGGAGUAUGACGAAGGGAUUCCGGUUUGCCUUUAUGGGUACUGGACUCACGGGCACUUUCGGCGAAGUUUGGGAGAUUCUGACCGUCACGUCGGCCUUGCAUCUUUGGUAUUUGGACUUUCAAGGUGCAACGGCUGCCGCUGCCGCUGCCACUUCUUGA